AUGGCGAUCAGGAAUCAGAAGAAACAUGAUGUGGCAACUGAAUUUAACUAUUGGGAUGACCCAGGGGACGGCAAUGGGCCGACGCCUAUCUUCAUAGGAAAGGGUAGAAUAUCAAAUCUGCGACCACAUCUACCUCACAGCUUUGUAGUAUCAGAUGUGAGCGGCGAUGAAGACCAAUACACACUUGAUAGUCACGGAUUUCAGUACUAUGGCCGAGAGAGCAAGGAGAAGGAGUUUGACGAUGAGAAAAGGAUCGAAGCAGACUACUACCCUGAGUGCGAGCAGCUAUUGAAAGACAUCACCGGGGCCAGCCGCAUCCACAUCUUCAACCAUAAAGUCAGACGGGGGCCGACACAUUGGCACCACUUGGGGAUGAAGAACCUUGCGAACCGUGGACCCGUCACCAAAACCCAUGUGGACCAAUCUUACGAGGGAGCUGAGUUGCGACUGAGAUGGGAAUUUCCUGAAGAAGCAGACGAGUUGGUCAAGAAGAGAUACCAGAUCAUAAAUGUCUGGCGUCCAAUCAAGACGAUCCUGAAGGAUCCCAUCGCAGUUGCAGAUUCGAACUCGGUGCCAGAUGAAGAUCUUGUUGGAGCAGUGAUGAUUGAAGAUGGAUACCGAGGAGAAUCUUGGGUUGUGAGGCACAACCCGGCCCACCACUGGCACUACAAACACCAACUUCGACCGGAGGAAGUACUUCUUAUCAAGUGCUUUGAUUCGGACAAAUCAGUAUCUCGACGAGCGCUACAUUCAGCUUUUGAAGAUCCUGCUUAUCGAGAUAGGGAGGAUCGGCAGAGUAUUGAAGUACGGUGCUUGGUACUUUACGACUAG